CAAAUUUGAAAACCACCCAGUGUAAUUUCCGUCGGAGGCAGAUUGGUUCUUUCUUCUCCCAGUUGAAGAGAAGACACUGUGAGGGGAAGCUCUUCGACGCAUAAACUGACUACGGCGGGAGCAAUUUCUUUUGCAGUAAUUUGUAGAGACAAUGUCCCAAGGCUAUGCAAUUGAGCUUUACUUUGAUCGUGCGCUUGAGAAUCAGGUUUUGAAGGCCUGGAAUGUGCUGGCUCGACGGCAUAUUAGCACUCAGCUCAUUGAAAUUGAAUCAAGACCUCACCUUACCUUGUUUUCGAGCCCUUCAGCUGAUAUUACCAAACUAGAGAAUAUCCUAAGAAAUUUAGCAUCGAAGCAAGAACCUUUGUCUUUGAGCUUCUCUUCAAUUGGAAGCCUCCCAAAUGAAAACAAUGUCCUGUUUCUUGGCCCAACCCCAUCAUUGUCUCUCCUCCAAUUUCAUUCACAGUUGUGCGAUGCAAUGAGAAAAGAGGGUAUUGAACUUGGGGAUGAGUACCGUCCAGAUCAAUGGAUUCCUCACUCACUUGUGGCUGAAGAAGUGCCAAAGACUCGAAUGGGAGAAGCAUUUACUGUUUUACGGGAUUUGAAGCUUCCAGUUAGCGGAUAUGGAAUGGAGAUAUCAUUGAUUGAGUACCCUCCUGCUCGUGAACUCUUUUCUUUUGCGCUGGGUGCUCAUCAUGUUAGUGAGGUUUAAGGCACUCUCUUGAAUUGUGCUGAAGUAGCUUGUUCUGUCAAUUGUUUUUAUUUUCCUAUGCUUCUAAAAACUGAUUGUAGAUUAUAAGGAUGUCGCCUAUAUAUCAAAUUAUCAUUUAUUGGAGAUGGCCAUUGUGUGAAUCUUAUCUUUUCUGCCAAAUUGUAUCCUCAAACAGGAAUUGUACUGUUUAUAUGAUAAAUUGUGCUGUUUGUCAUUUA